CCUCUCCCUAAACAAACACAAGCCUGUCCUGACCUGAAGAGGAUUAAGCAAGAGACCAUUAAGAGAGACAGAAAUUGGGACUUACUCUUCAUUGAACGGCAGAGAGCACUACUGGAGUCCUCUCUUAUGAUGAGCAGGUCAGAGAUUAUGAAGAUGGACAAGACCAUAUCAGUAAAGGAGCGACUUCUGAAACAGCUUGAACAAAUCAUUGCAAGAGAGAAUUACAAUUUUGAGGAGUUCCUCAAGAGGAAUGAGGAGAUAUACAUGGAGUACAGAACAUUUUUUCAAGAAGAGGGGAAGUCGGGACAGGAGAAGAAUGCUGCAAUUGAGAAGUUAACUGAUGAAAUAUGGACCAUAAAAAGUCAAUUUGCCAAGAUUGAGGCAUUCCUUAAUAAAUAUAAGAGAUACAAGAACAUUCUGUUCAUGCUGUCGCCUCCGGAGUGGCAGGAGGCCCAAGAGGCAGAGGCUUUGAAAACUAAAGUCGCGUCUGACAGAGACGCUCAGGAUGAGCGGAACAUGGAGCCUCGGGAAUCAGCAGUUAGGCAGGGUUUGGCGAGAGGUUUUGAAUUCAGUACAGGUAGCGUGCAGCCUUUGACCAGAGAGCCCACGCUGUCCGCAGCCCACAACAAGAUCACAAAUUCUAAACUGGACUGCAACAACUCAGCAAAUGAGGAGAAACUGGAGCUAUACUUCUCUGAUCCCCAGCAGCUACUGGGUCUGAUGUCAGAGCUGACUGAGCAGAGCCUGUCCCUGAUUCAGAACUCCACCAGGGUGGAUGAGACACUCGUGGAGCUCCGGCAGGCCAUAGAGGCCAGCGUGAAGAAAAUGAAAGAGGAUGAAGAAAAACUAACGUUGCAGGUAAAUGACAUGAAGCACAGAAUCAACAACGAGAAGUCGACAGCUACAAAGCUCAAAAAGAAGGUUCAGCUCCAUGACUCAUUAAAAACAGAGGACCAAGAUGUUUUGUUGGAUGCACUGGGCAGGAAGGUGAAAGAAGUGCAUCACUGCUGCGUGGAUAGCCGGUUGACCACCCUGAGCACUUUGGAGAAGCUGUCCAGUGUCGAGUACCGUAUGUCUUUACUGCUCCAGCUCAUUGAGACCAUCCCUGAAGAAAGCUUGGAGGCACUGAGGCAGAUUAAGGACAAUGAGAGGAGGAACAGGCUGCAUGAAGAAAAGCUGAGACUGGAGAGGGAGAGACAGAGAGAAAGGAUGAAGAAGUGCAUGCAAAGGUCUCUGGGUGAUGGCAAGAAAAUAAUUAAAAGGAGGCUCAUGCCCAGAUGUAUCCCUCUUGAGCCGAAGAUCAAAGUCAGCGAUGAGGACAACAUUCCUACCGAGGAUGAACUUUACGCCGAACUCUACACCAAUGAGGACGUGGAGUAGAAAAUAAAUAAACACAUACUGUUUGUUUUC